AUGGUGAGAAUUAAGCAGGAUUUCAACAGCAUGUGGUACACAUAUCAGCAAAGGAGACUCAAGCACUGUGUCCUCAGUAUGGGAGAGGUGUUUGGAUGUCACAGCAGCUGUCGGGAGUAUCCUGAAACCAUGAAGCGUAGAUAUGAGGAGGGGUCAUCAAAUGUCAAGAAUACUGAGGAAGGAACUCAGGAAGCAGAAGGGCAUGAGAGAGAAGACUCCCCAGAAAGGCCUGGGCCCAGUGACCAGACAAAGACUGAGAACCAGCGAGAAAAUGAGAAUUCCUCUAUCUACUAUUCAUUUUCUUCUUCUUUCUAUUCUUCUUCCUCACUACCCAAAACUGAUAAUAAAGGGUGCAUCUACUAUAUCCAGGUGAAAACUAUAAAAGGAGUGGCUGUUGCAUGGGAAACUGAGAUUGGAAUGGAGUCAAUCCAGCGGGCACCUCGAAUUCAUGAAAUGAACCCAGCUGAAGAGGGCACACUAGAGGCUCCUCACUCCAAUUUACCCAGUGAAGGUCUCACUGAUGUGGAGAAGAAUGUAGAUGAGCUGACUGAGGACUACAAAGAGGAGGAAGUACCCGGACCUUCAAGACUUAUUGAUGAAAGAAGACGGAGAAAGAUUCCUGAUUGGAUGGUCACAACAGAUACUGGCUACCGUUGUGUGGCCUGUUGCCGGGUAUUCCUCACCCUGGAGGCCCUCAGGAAGCAUGCUAAGUCUGGGUCCAAGGAGGGAUUUAGCUGCCACGUUUUUAACAAAAAAAUCCACGAAAGACGAAGAGCCCAGAAAAAUGUGCUCCUAGGCAAAGAUGAACAUUUAAUGCAAAGCCCCAAAGAACAGAGGAAGCCACAUGAAGACCAGGGUAAAGGAAAAGGCCGACGUGGACGCACCUCCCGUGGAACUCAGAGCAUGGAUUUGCACCAUGACAAGGAUGCAGAAUGAG